CUGCAGCAGUCGAGAGGUGAGAGCUGCUACAGUGCCCGAGUUAAGGGGAAUUGGAGGCAGGCGCCGAUCCACAGCGAUAUCGAGACACUCAGAGCCACAGGCACCAUGUCCGAUCCUGGUGAUGUCCGACCUGUUCCACACAGGAGCAAAGUAUGCCGUCGUCUGUUCGGUCCCGUGGACAGUGAGCAGUUGAGCCGCGAUUGCGAUGCGCUCAUGGCGAGCUGUCUCCAGGAGGCCCGAGAACGGUGGAACUUUGACUUCGCCACUGAGACGCCGCUGGAGGGCAACUACGUCUGGGAGCGUGUUCGGAGCCCAGGGCUGCCCAAGAUCUACCUGAGCCCUGGGUCCCGCCGCCGUGAUGACCUGGGAGGGGACAAGAGGCCCAGUACCUCCUCGGCCCUGCUGCAGGGGCCGGCUCCGGAGGACCACGUGGCCUUGUCGCUGUCUUGCACUCUGGUGUCUCACGCCCCUGAGAGGCCUGAAGACUCCCCGGGCGGGACCGGGACAUCUCAGGGCCGAAAACGGAGGCAGACCAGCCUAACAGAUUUCUAUCACUCCAAGCGCCGAUUGGUCUUCUGCAAGAGAAAGCCCUGAAGUGCCCACGGGAGGCUCGCCUUCUUCUGCUGUGUGGGUCAGGAGGCCUCUUCCCCAUCUUCCGCCUUAGCCUUCAUUCAGUGUGUCUUAAUUAUUAUUUGUGUUUUAAUUUAAACUUCUCCUGUAUAUACUCUGCCUGCCCCCUCCCAGCCUCCAAACUUAGUUAUUUAAAAAAACAAAACAAAACAAUGAAAUUAGUAGGACGGUA